AUGUCAGUCGGGGUGCUGCGAGAGGUGUUUCGACUCAUCGACAAGUUUGACUACGUCUUUGCUGAGAACGGCACAGUGCAAUACAAGAACGGGCAGCUGGUCUCCAAGCAGGCCAUUCAGGACCACUUGGGGGAAGAGCUGCUGCAGGAUCUGAUCAACUUCUGUCUCAACUACAUGGCGCUCCUGAAGCUGCCCAAGAAACGAGGAACCUUCAUUGAGUUUCGCAAUGGGAUGCUGAACAUCUCCCCCAUUGGACGGAGCUGCACGCCAGAGGAGCGAAUCGAGUUCUCCGAGCUGGACAAGAAAGAGCGGAUCCGGGAGAAGUUUGUGGCAGCCUUGCAGAGGGAGUUUGCCGGCAAAGGCCUGCGCUUCUCUCGAGGUGGCAUGAUCAGCUUUGACGUCUUCCCGGAGGGCUGGGACAAGCGCUACUGCCUCAACGUGCUCGACGACGAGAGAUUUGACACCAUCCACUUCUUUGGGAACGAGACGACCCCUGGAGGGAAUGAUUAUGAAAUCUAUGACGAUCCCCGCACAGUGGGACACAGUGUCCAGUCCCCCCAGGACACGGUCCAGCGAUGCCGCGAAAUCUUCUUUCCAGAGAGAGCAAAUGAGUGCUGACUGCCAGGUCCCUGCAGCCCUGCCCCGGCCCCACCCUCUCCCCCCGCCAGGAAAAGCACCUUCAUUUGAGGAAUCUGCUCAGGGUAGACCCAAAAAAAACACUUUCUAGAGCUGGUUGGGAUGUAA